AUGACCGGAACACGCUCUGCACCUGCGCCUUCACUUAGGAGACCCCGCACCCCAGUACCGCAGUUCAAAUACAUCGACGACCCGGAUGAAUAUCAACGCGGCUAUGCUCGUCGUCAGACACCGUUUGAAGGAGAUUUCUGUGUCAUGUCCCUCGACCCUGUCGCAUCCGUCGCACACCUCGGCGCUGAAGCAAUGGAAAGCGCAAAGCGCAUCCCAUCGGGCCGCUAUGUAGCCUUUGUUGGAUUGAGUCACGGUCUUCCAUUUGAGGGUCGCCCGACCAACCCAUUCACUCUCGCGCCUGUGUGCCAGGGUAUCCCCCCUCAAUCCUCGCUUUGUGACGCCACUCCUGCCUGCAUUCCCAUCCUCCCAAAUGCCGACUGCUAUGGGGGACGCCAGCCAAUCGCGCCCAUCGCACCAUUCCCCUGGCCAGACUGUUAUAUUUCUACGUUCACGGCGGAACCUUGCAGAAUCACGACCGCCAAACGAGACUAUAGUCAAGUCUUGUUCUCUCCCAACGACCUGGGCAAUGCUCGUGCCAACAGACUUACGGCGGAGGAUAGGGAGCGCUUGUUCACUCUUAAGGAGCGUCGCGACCGAGGAGACGCGGAAGCAUUAGAGCGCUUACCGCCAACCACAGUUGGCUUGUCGACAGACCUGUCAUUCUUGCCUCCCCUCCCAGCAGAGACCAGCCCUGACGGCCCCGUCAAUCAGUUACCCAAAAGCCCAUCAUCCGAAGAGUUUCCUGCUUUUGACAUGGCAGAUUUUCCUCCUGAACUGGCGGGUUUUGGUUUCCUCGCCGCCGCGUUGUUUAAUCCCGGGAGCGUCGAUUUACCGGUUGUGAACAUCUGGUACGAUCUGGAUAUGGUGACUGAGGUCCGAGACCCUCAGCUCUUCGCCACGGAAUGCGAAAUGAUCGAAAAAGUCAAAGAAUACUAUGAUCCCACACAAUGCGCUGCGCGCUCCGCAGCUGCUGAGGUUGCAGAGGUCGCCCCCGCAUCUGGCGUCAAGAAUGCCAGAACUGCAACCGCACCACCGCUAUCAACUCCGAUUGAUACCACGCGUCUCGAUGCGCAGUCACCUACAGCAGAAGUCGCUAGUGAAACGACUGCUUACAUCGUCGACGAUGGUGCUGUUUCUCUUGAGAGCGCAACUGCCGAUGCCGUCUCGUCAGAACCGCUGGCCCUGGCCGUCUUGGAGGAAGGCGCACGAGACUCGGCCUCCUUUGGAACAGUUGCGACGUCCCCUACCUCCAUCACUGCUCUAGGGUCUGUAGGACCCAAGCUCAAGCUGCUUAUUCGAAGCUCGUCGCGGCACAGCGUGCGCCGUUCCACCUCCCGUACAUCGCCGCGCUCGUCCCACGAUACACCGCUCUCGUCCGCCUCCCCUACCAAACGAGAGUUUGUACCUCUUUCCUACGAUCGUCAUACUCGCAGCAUGUCGGCCCUUUCGUUCGCGGUGCCACGGUCGCGUCAUAACCCACUCAAGAGCUUGAAGAAGAGUCGCUCAAGUUCGUCGUUGAAGGCACCGCGGCGUGCUUCCACUCUGCCCGUGACUCGUUCGCUGCGGUAG